GAGAUAGCAGCGCACCACUGCACGGAAAUUCUUAUCUAGGCCACACUGCCAAGUGUGUCCUCCGGGUAGACUUUUUUCCUGGCAUGGAAUUUCAAUUCCACCCCCAAUCCACCCACCCCGAUCGCAACAUACCCGACUGCAGUGUAGCGGUGCGCGAGCAGCUCACCCACCCUGGCGUGUUGUGCCCAACCCUGGAGGUUGCACGUGUUGCCGUCUGCUGCCUGCUCCGUGACCAGCACGUAGUCCGGUGAUUAGCCCCCCGACAGUCCACGUGCAAUCAAUACCACGCCGCUCUUUGACUGUAAACUGUCCUGGAGUGACGUAGCACCGUGUGGUGUGACCGCCCAGGUGUAAAACCUUGUGCUCACAGGUGUUGCUUCUGGAAGGAAUGUGUUCACAUACGUUGUAAAUCUGCUUUGUUAGGAGUUAUCUCCACACGAAGGCACAAAAAAAAAAAAAGCAGGUGAGAUACAUGUCACACGUCAGAAUGCCACACCUUUGGCGAGGAGUCGUGUUGCACACCGUGACAGGCAUCAAGUUGCAGGACGUGAUCAGCUUGUAAAGUCUCUUGUCUCGGAUUGCAUGUUGUAGUUGCUGUGUUUCGAGGAACGGAUCUUGACUAACAGUUUCAUUUUCUUGGGAGUUCAUUCUGCCGAAGGUACAAUUGAUGUGUCUGGGUGUUUGCAGGGAGCAGAUCGCCACACACAGGAAUAGUCUGUCGUCUUGGAUGUCGCUUAGGAGUAAUGCAAGGAAUUCUGUGACAGUUGGACUGGAGGUACUUGCGUCUGCAUGUGUGAAGAAGAAUCGCAUGGUAAAGGAAUAACGAGCCUGGACAGUUGAGAAGGGGAGUUCAUCCAUGUCUCAGUCAUCAGGGGGUAAGGCUCCAGUCAUGUCCAGGGACCGUCCCCAGAGCGUGGUCAUCGCCGGCACGCACAGCGGCGCCGUGGCCUUUGGCGAGGACAUCGCCGACGACCAGUACUCGGUGUCCGAGCUCUCGCACGUGGAGGAUGAAAGCCGGGCAAGGAGGGUCAGAGGUCACGCCGGCCUGGGAGCCGCUGGCACCAAAGAGAUUUUCCUCCGCACGACCCUGAGCAGGGCGCCCCCUGGCUUGGAGAGGCUGCGGUCCGUGGAGGACUCGGAAGCUCGGACGAGCACCAGCAGCAACUCGCAGAUUUCUUCAGGCGAAAACGGACAUCCGGGUAGUGCACCUGCCGACCACGCGUCUGACGUGUCACCUGACGCGCCGUUGGACGCGUUCGGCUCUGACGUCAGCACGGAGAGUGACGAGUUAGAGCCCCUGCCCUCCAGCUUCGCGCUGUUCGCCAAGACCAAGUUCCAGCUGAAGACUACUCACGCCUACUGCUGCGCCGCCUUGUCGCAGCCUCUCCUGGCAAAGUCGGAGCGAGCGGACAUCUUGGCCUCCCUUGCUGCCUGGGUUCUGAUACUCAGAAUCAUGGGAGACCUCCCGGAUGUGGACAUGGGCGACAAAUUUCAGUUGUCAGGAGACCAACCACUCAUCGUGAGUCGAGUCCGCAACAGUUUCCGACAGAAAUACAGCAAAAAGGACUUGGAGGAGGCUCAGGCGAAAUACUCGGAACUGUUCAAGGACCCGACAGGAGUGGACACGCGGACCCUGCCCUUCAUGCCGGACAGGUCGGACACCAUGCUGCACAAGGUGCAGUACGUCUGUAGCCUGGGUAUCUACAAGCCAGAGCUCAGAGACGAGCUGUACUGCCAGCUGUGCAAGCAGCUGACCAACAAUCCAUCUCGCAACAGCACCGUCAGGGGCUGGGUCCUCAUGGCGCUCUUCGCCGGAAGUUUCUGCCCCUCAGAAAGGUUCGCCUCGUGCUUUACCAACUUCCUCCGCGAGGGUCCGCCAGAGUUUUCUCAGAAGGUGGACCUCCUUCUCAGGCGCACGUGCACGGCCGGCACUCGAGGCUACCCUCCCAGCUGGCUGGAGUUCCAGGCUGCAAAAAACAACAAACCACUGCUGGUACCCGUGGCCUUCAUGAACGGGUACCGGACACUGUGCGAGGUGGAUGCCGCCACCACGGUGAAGGAACUCAUCAUCAACAUCUCCGAGAAAAUCGGUUUGAUGGACGUCACGGGCUACUCCGUCUACAUCACGCUCCACACCAAGAUCUCGUGUCUGGGUCACGGCCUUCACCGGGUCAUGGACGCCAUCUCGGAGUGCGAGCAGCAGACCAAGAAGAUGGGGAUGCGAGAGAGCAGCUCCCUGUGGCGCCUCUUCUUCCGGCGCGAGUACUUCACGCCCUGGCCCAUGCAGCCUGAUGACGUAGUCAACGUUGACCUCAUCUACCAGCAGGUCAUGAGGGGCGUGGCCCUGGGCGAGUACAAGUGUGAAAAGGAUGAUGUGCUGGUGCUGAUGGCGGCUCAGUUCUACUACAUCGACCACCAAAGUGACGUCACCUUCCAGAAGCUGGAGCCGUUCGUCCAGAACUUUCUUGCGGAAGACCCCGUGCGAGCGAACCAAGUCGCUUUCUUUGUCGAAAAGAUAAAGGAGGUCGUUCAGAAAAAUCUCCUUGUCACGAGACCGAGGCUGAUGUCUCUGAAGGAGGACACGGUGAGCUUGGCCAAGGACAAGUGGUUUCUGCUCUUCUCUCGUUUCUACGACGCCCCCAAGGUGGUGGGGCCGGGUGUGGCGCUGUCCAGCGUGGUCAUCGCCGUCAACAACAAAGGACUGUACAUCCUGGACGAGGCCGACACCAUCCGCAUGCACAUCGCCUUCUGGGAGAUAGUCUCCAUCAUCAAAGGAAGACAGAAUGCUACGAUUCGGACGAUAAAAGCAGACGACUACCUGGUGUCCACAUACCACUCAGACGAUUUCUACAACCUACUGACUUCCUUUGUCGACGGCCUGCGCAUGCGUUCUCAGUACGCGGUGGUGAUUCAAGACGUCACAUCGCAAGGUGGUGGAGGUGGUUCCGUGGCCUUGACCCGAGGCGACCUUUUAACCCUGACCAAGCCUUACUCCGAGUUUAACGGGGAGACGCAGCUGCAGGGCACGUGCAAACGCACCGGAAGUGUCGCCACCGUGUCACGUGACAAGGUUUACGUCAUAGCAGCCAUGGAAGAACCUACUUCAGACAUGUUGGGCUGUGUCAUGGUGCAGCUGAAGAAGGACUCCACGACCUUCAUGUGUGACGUGGACUUCAAGCCGCAGACACUACAGCUGUACUCCAAACAGUACUUCCGUCCACUGUCCGAGAACACGGUGACGAAGUUGCUACAAAAGGCUUCACUCAAACGUGACCGAGGCGACACCUUGUGGCAGUUCACGCGGGAGCCUUUGAAGAAGCCGCUGUUGAAGCGCACCUGUGGUCGCGAGGACCUGAGGCGGCCGGCGUGCAGAGCUUUCUCUGCUAUCCAGCAGUACAUGAAGGAUGUAGCGCCCUCACACGAGCUGACGGACAUGGAGCUGGCCAAUGAGUGGGUGAUAGAGCCAGCUCGCCGUAACAAAUAUCUCAGGGAGGAAAUCUUUUGCCAGGUGAUCAAACAGCUCACCAACAAUCCCGACAGGUCCAGCGAGGACCGUGGCUGGCAGUUGCUGCAGCUGCUGUGCAUCACAGUGACACCUGUCGGAGAGCUCUACCACCAGGUGCUCGGCUUUGUCAACGGAUCAAAACAUCCGCAAGCACGAAGCUGCGCCGACCUGCUGACGAACCAGAAAAUGUGGGGGAGCCGGCUGUAUCCUCCCCAUUACCUUGAGCACGACAUCGUGGUGAAGCGACAACCCAACGUCCGCGUGCAGCUGCUGUUGCCGUCUGGGACCACGAUGACAAUAGAAGCUGGCAGCAGGACGAAGGUGGCCAACAUCAAACAGGAAGUGACUAAUCGCCUCCAAAUCAAAACUUCCUCCGAGUACAGCCUCUUCCUGUCGUCUGCGGGCGGAAUGCACAGUUUGCCAGAUCGGAGCAUGUACUUUGACUGUCUGUCCCACGCCGAGUUCUACUGGCUCCGACAGCACUCUACUAGCAGAGACAAAUGCAAGCAUCACCUAAUUGUUUCUGAUAUUUUCCUUUUUUUCAUGUUGUUUACUAAAUAUCUGGGUGUCGCAGGUAGGGUACAGGCACCCGGUCUUAUUAUGCUUAAGAAAAUUUGGGUAAACGCAAGUCCAGGGGAGGAUGAAGAAGCCGACAAAUAUUUCCACUUUCCACAGGAGGUCCCCAACUUUCUCCGCGGCUACCACGACUGUGCUGCCCCCCAGGUGGUCCACCUGGCUGCCCUCCUGUACCGAGCCAAGUUCGGUUCUGACGAAAAACAUUUCGAAAAAUUCAGCUCUGUGGCCCCAAGCAUCCUCCCACGCGGCUUUCCGGCCGACCAGUCCCUGGACUACGUCAAGAAGGUAGUAGAGGAAGACUACCACAGGUCACGUGGUAUGAGUGAAGACGAGGCUCGUCUGCGCUUCCUUCAGAUCAUCAGCACGUGGCCUACGUACGGCUCCGUCUUCUUCGAGGUGAAGCAAAAAGCCUCCAGGACCUUGCCAAAGUUUUGUCUGCUUGCUGUCAACAUUGAAGGUGUCCACAUCAUGGACCUGAUGACCAAAAGGCUGAUAAGAAUGUAUGAGUUCAGCAAGAUUCCCAACUGGGCCUUUGAUGACAACUCUUUCACCUUCAUCGUCAUGGACAACGGAGUAACAACUAAGAUUCUCUUGGAGACCACAGUGGGUCACAAUCUGGACGAUGUGGUCAUGUCUCACAUCUCCUGGGUGAUGAACGCUCAGAUGAGGCGCAAACAUGGCUUCUUCAACAAAGCCGGCGAAAGUGUCUGCUGACGACCUCUGACCUCCCCUUCAACAUUUGCAUUUACUCUCAAAGAUAAUGAAUGUCUCAAACAGUUUUGUUACUGACCAGAGUGCUGACAUUUCAGUUGUUACAAAAUGUCUCAGGUCUCAGUCGCGGGAGUUGCGAUCACUGUGUACAAACUAUACAGUGUUGUACAGUUGUAUACAAUGUGAUUAACAGACCGAUCACUGUACAGAAACUUGUUUGAAGACAGAUGUUUGAUGUACCCGUGUACUUAGUGGCGAACUAACUGUAAUUAUCUUUAUAUCUUUAAUAAGGAUAGCCUGUCGUUUCCGUUCUGUGAAUGGGAGUGAGUGAGAAAGAGGAAAAAUGAAGAGAGAAAUGGAGUGUGAAUAGUGUGAAGUUGCUUGUUUGUAUCUGCUGAUAUAUUUAGAAUCAGUUUUGUAAACUUCACGAGCUUCCCAUGCUUCACAGCGCCAAUCAUCACACAGCUUUUUGUUGGUAUGGAGAGAAGAUAGGAAUGUUCACUCAAGCCUAGGGGUCUGGGGUCAGGGGUUCAUGAGCAUGGACAAUAAAUGGACUAUACAUUAUAAUGUACAGUGUAAUCUUGUACUUUCAUACCUACAUAUAUUUCACUUAGACGCUUCCUCGGUUGGUUUUCCAGCCUCACACACCCUGCAUGCCACUAGAAAAGCAUCUGUGAUGGCCUGUAAUAUAAUAUUUUUCUAUAAAUUCUUUUUAGUCUCUGAAAAUUUAUUUCAUGUUGAAUCUCAUUUUAGUUUGUGGCUGAUUAUUUUGAUUAUUAUCAAUAAUAUUUUUAUUUUAAAGACAUUUUGA